AUGUCUCUGAAGAAACCUCCUCCGGCACCACCAAGGAAGCCCGAAACGAACAUAUCAUUCUUUCUUGAGACUCUUAUUCCCUUCCUAUUCGCCGGCCUCGGUCUGAUUUUUGCUGGCCUUCUUCUCGAGGAUGCCGAAACCUGGUCGUUCUUCAUAGAGCUUCCGGACGCUGUCACACUAGUACCGACCCUGGUUGGAUUAAAAGGCAACCUCGAGAUGACGUUGGCUUCCAGGCUGUCUACCCUGACACAAGCUAUCGUUGUUUCAUCGAUUGCCGUCAUUCCAGCAGCACUAUUAGGAGAGAAG